GACCUUCACUCGCCCAUUGCUGUGCCUGAUGCUCCCUCCUCGCCCAGCCAGGACUUCCCUGCAGACUGGAGCCUCAAAACACGGAUCCUCUUCGUGUCUCCCCACCCGUUCAGCUGGGCAGAACACCUGAAGGCUCAGGAGGAGGCUCAGGGCUUUGUUCAGCACUGCAGAGCCACGGAGACCACCCUGCCCCGGAGCCUGCAGGAGCCCAGGCUGUCCACGGAGCUGCGCUGUGCCUUCCAGCAGAGCCUGGUCUACUGGCUCCACCCCUCGGUGCCCUGGCUGCAGCUCUUCCCCAGGAUUGGGGCCGACAGGAAAAUAGCUGGAAAGGCUUGUCCCUGGGCACAGGACGAGGCCCUGCAGCAGGUGCUCAUGAGUGACUGGUCCAUGAGCUUCACCUCUCUGUACAACCUGCUGAGGGCCAGGCUGUGCCCAUACUUCUACGUGUGCUCGUACCAGUUCACAGUGCUGUUCCGAGCGGCAGGGCUGGCGGGCAGUGCCACACUCUGCGCCCUGCUGGCACCCACCACCAGGGGCCUCAGGGAGGCCAUGAGGAGCGAAGGCAUAGAGUUCUCCUUACCUGUGGUGGAGGAAAGAGCCAGGAGACAGAGGAGCUCCGGGGAGAACGUGGAAGCAGAAGUGUCUGGUGGCCCCAGGGCAGGCAGCAGUGGGGAGGAUGCAGAGGAAUCAGCUCCCAAUGAUGAUGAUGAUGAGAGUUUCUCUUGGCUCGAGGAGAUGGGAGUCCAAGACAAGGUGAAGACCCCAGAUGCUAUCUCCAUCCAACUCCGCAAGGAGAAGCAGGAGGUGCAGAUGGAUCACAGACCUGAGUCCCUGGUGCUGGUGACAGGCACCAACACCUUCACCCUGCAAAUCAUCACCUGCAGGAGCCUGGUGGCAGUGGCAGGGCCCCAGGCAGGGCUGCCCCCAACACUGCUGUCUCCCGUGGCUUUCCGGGGGGGCACGAUGCAGACGCUCAAGGCUCGCAGUUCCAGUGCCCGCGCCAGGGCCCGCGGGGGCUACGAGGACGUGUUCAGCCUGGAGGUGGUGGGACCUGUGCUGCCCCAUACCCUGCACUCCCUAACAGCUCUGCUGGGCUCGGCGCAGCGCGGAGCCUUCCGCGCCCUGCUGUACCCACACGGACCCAGCACCGCCUUCAACACCCCCACAGCUGUGCCCGGGGAAGCUGUGCCCCAGGAUCUCUCUGCGUGUGGGCUGCAUCCCAAGACUUUGGAUCACCUGAGUCAGUGCCCUACACUGGGAAAAUCUUCCAUCCGCUACCUGGAAAUGAAGGAUUAUGCCUACACCUGGAAGGUCUAG